AUGCCACACGCAAGACACGAAGUUUUCGCCGCUGUUGAUGAAAACCCAACUAUAGCAGAAAAACCGGAAACCAUAGAAAUUACAGGCGAAUUUACUGGAAAUCCUUUUAAACAUGUUGUAAAUGGUCAAAAAAAUGCAGUUAAAUUUACUUUUGACAACAAAGGAGAAGAAAGUUAUACCAUUAACUUGAUCGGAGGAGCCUUGUUUAAUAAAGACAAUCUCGAUCAAAUCGUUCAAAAUAUUUCAUACGCUCGUUUUGCUACUCCCGUACCAGCAAUGGAUCAUGUUGAUAUUUCAUAUAAUUUUUAUGCUGAAUUUAAACCCCAAGAAUAUGAACUUGUUCUUUAUGUCUUAUUUGUUGAUAAGGAUAAAAAACAAUUUAAAGGAGUUGGAUUUAAUGAAACUGUCACCAUAGUUGAUCCAGAUCAAUCUAUAUUUGAUUUACAACUUAUUUUCUUGUAUUUGAUACUUUCGGGAUUUGCUUUAGGUACGGGAUACAUGAUCUUCCAAGCAUUCUUUGGUGGAGCGAAAACUAGAAAAGGAAAAAAGCGACCUACUAAAAGAAGUGUUGAUGACCCAGCUGCUGGUAUAAGUACAUCAUCAGAUAAAUAUGAUGAAGCCUGGAUCCCCGAUCAUUUUAAAACCACCACAACUGCAACUCUUUUUGUUGCUUCCCAUAUGAAGCUUGUACCACGUCGCGAAGAAAGUAAAUUAAUGUAG